GCAAUGCUCUGUGAUGAUGCCGGAAAUGGUGAUUCCAAUAAUUUUCCAUCUGGUUAUUGGGAUAUUGGGGAUCCUUCUUUCGUUUGUAGCUCUUGCGGAGCCUUAUUUUGGUAUGAGGAGAGAUUAGCUAAUUAUUAUAAGGCCAAAAAUCCAAAGUAUUCUGGAUGUUGUAUGCAAGGAAAAAUACAACUACCACUCAUAAAAAGGUCUCCAUUAUUUAUUGAAAAUCUUUUUAUUGGUCAAGAUGCAAGGAGUAAACAUUUUUUGCAAAAUAUUCGUUCAUACAAUAAUAUGUUCUCCUUCACAUCUUUGGGUGGAAAAAUUGAUACCACCUUGCAUGAUGGAAAAUCUCCCCCGGUGUUUAAGCUACAUGGACAAAAGUUUCAUUUGAUGGGGAGUUUGUUACCGUGUGAAUCUGUGGUUCCCAAAUUUGCACAGUUGUACA